UGCUUGGUAGAUGAAACGCGGCAAAAGGUUACAAACAAAACAUUAAUAAGAAAACAAAAGAAAAUUAAGCAAAAUUAGAAACUAAAACUUUUAGUAAAAUUAUAGUCCUGAAGUAGCUUUGCCCUAACAAGAAAUGGCAAGCAGCUCACGAAUCACAAUAUUGCCGCAGUCGAAGGAGGCGCUGCUGAAAUCCUACAAUGCGCGCCUCAAAGACGAUGUGCGCAGCAUGCUGGAGAACUUUGAAGAGAUACUGAAGCUAGCGCGGCGCGAGAGUCAUAGUCAAAUUUCGAAGAUAACACAGUGCGAGCAGGAUGCCCUUGAAAUGCAAGUGCGAUCGGCAAAUAUGGUGCGAGCUGGUGAAUCGUUGAUGAAGCUGGUGGCAGAUCUCAAGCAAUACCUUAUACUCAAUGACUUUCACUCUGUGAAUGAGGCAAUCACAAAUAACUCACAGCUAUUUCGGGCCACACAAAUUGAGUGUGAUAAAAAGUUGAUGAAGCUGCGCGAUGAGAUGGCCAUGGAUCUGUACGAUCUGGAGGAGGAAUACUACACGAGCAUAUUUAAAUAGCUGUAUAUGAUAUAGAAUAGUUAGCUAGAUACAUGUAUAUGUGUGCUUAUAUGUAGAAAAAAUGCAUUCGUUUCAUGAGAAUAAUAUAACAUCUAUUUAGGAAAAA